AUGACCAAGUUCGUCCUCACCGGCUCCGACGGCAACCUCGGCCGCGUUGCAGCUGACUUCGCCAUCGAGAUCCUCAAGCCCGAGGACCACCUCGUGCUGACGAGCUACAAGCUCGAGGCGAUCCCUGAAGACGUGGUGGCUGGAUGGCGGGCCAAGGGCGCUGAGGUCGUCGCUGCCAGCUACGACGACGUGGAAGGCAUGAAGAAGGUCUUCGACGGCGCCGAGGCUGUGGGCUUCAUCUCCACGUGGCUCUUCGGUGACGGUCGCCGUAACCAGGCCCGCAAUGUCUGCGCUGCCGCCAAGGCCGCCGGCGUCAAGCGCGUGUGCUACACGUCCUUUGUCGGUGCCGGUUGCGAGACGGUCGACGAGGAGAUCCCGUUUCUCCCGCGCGACCACCACUUCGUGGAGAAGAUCGUCAAGGAGUCCGGUCUGCAGUGCAACAUCCAGCGCAACUGGCUGUACAUGGACAACAUCCCCACGCUGUUUCCGCCGUCCUGGAAGUUCUGCGGCGACAAGUGGCUUUCCAACAGCCACGACACCCCUAGAGCUUACGUGGCUCGUGAAGACUGUGGGCGUAUACUGGCCGCCAUUCUGCUCGGACGCGGUGAGCCUAAUAAGGUGUACGACGUCACGGGCCCCGAGCUCGUGCAGCAGAAGGACCUGAUGGAGUGGAUGUGCCAGCAGACCGGCUGCAAGUGCGAGUACGUCGACAUGCCCGACGAGGAGCUGACCCAGUGGUGGCUGGACCGCGGUCUGCCCACGGAUAUGGCGACUGGCGACUUCUCCCAGCUGCCCAUGAAGCUGUGCAUUGGCGACGCAAUCUGCUGCGGUGAGAUGCUGGGCAACGGCUCCAUGAACUCCGUGUCCGACACGGUGGAGAAGCUCACCGGCCGCAAGCCCGCCCGCUACCAGGACUACCUGCUCAAGUACAAGAGCAUCUUCCCCAAGCCCGAGUAA